ACACCAGUACCCUAGGCUAUUGAUACGGUCUACUGAGUACUACAAGACAGGUAAGAGACCAGUACCCUAGGCUAUUGAUACGGUCAACCGAGUACUACAAGACAGGUAAGAGACCAGUACCCUAGGCUAUUGAUACGCUCCAAUGAGUACUACAAAACAGUACGAGACCAGUACCCUAGGCUAUUGAUACGGUCAACCGAGUACUACAAGACAGGUAAGAGACCAGUACCCUAAUCUAUUGAUAUGGUCUACUGAGUACUACAGACAGGUAAUAAACUCAUGCCCUAGGCUAUUUAUCGGGUCCAUGAUUACUCUAGAAGAAGUAUGAGACCAGUAUAGGGCAUUAUCGUAACUGUGUAACUUGACAUCCAAGUAAAAGGGCAAUAUUUCUAUUUUUUGUUGUUGUGAUUUUGAAGUCUUAAUCAAUUUGUGGUUCCAAGUUUAAUGCAUUUUUUUUUAGAUAUUACAUCUUUAAAAGGACAUAAGAUUCUUUGGAAGGAUUGUCAGGAGACAGAGGGUCCGUCGGUUGAUUUUGAUGGAACACCUUACAUUAACAUAGGGUGGAUGGUUAAGGAGUGUCAUCAAGGGCCUGAUAGACAAAGAAAAGCAAAGGGAAAGAGGAAACAAAGAAAAAAAUCUGGAGAUCACAAUUACUCAAAUCAAAGGAAGGCAAGAAAAUGGAUACAGAUGUCAAAAAAACAGACUUGUCCGGCAUCUAUUAGGAUAAGAGUGAUAUUGAAGUUUCCAGAAUUUAAGGUUGAUUCCUAUGACAAUGCUUGGAUUAAGAGAAAAAUGUCUAGGCUUUUAAAGCAAGCCUUCGCAAAUCGAGAGAAGGUGAAGAAGGACAUGGUUUAUUUAUUAUCAUAUCCAGAUGCAGAAGAGCACAAAUAUCAUUUUACAGGAGAGCUGGCAGGUUAUACCCAACAAAUUGACCCCAGAUUAAUAAGGAAGAUCCAAGAGCUAGUUGCUGACGGAGUAAGAAAUGUUGCAGAAAUGAGGAGACAUCUCUGUGUUGCACUGAAGAAAGAAAUUUGUCCUGGUGAAAACAUAGCCCUUACCAACAGGCGCUUUUAUCCAAAGGACAAAGACAUAAAGAAUCACAUGGAUAAAGCUCUAAAUAGUUUAAAAUUUUCGAAAGAUGACCAAUUAAACUUGGAAGCACUGAUAGAGAACUGGCAGGAGACCAAUCCUCAGGACAAUUAUUUCCUAAGAUCAUCAUAUGGCUUGACAGAUAAACAUCCAGCUGAGGAAUUUUUAUUUGUGCAUCAAACAGAAUGGCAGAGGCGCCUCCUCAGUUUGUAUGGUAAAGACGUGUGCAUAAUGGAUGCCACCUACAAAACAUCCAAAUAUGCCCUACCUUUGUUCUUUGUUUGUGUGCAGACUAAUGUUGGGCACUCCAUAUGUGGCUCCUUUCUUGUAUCAUCAGAGAGCAAGUCUUGUAUUAAAGAGGGUUUAAAUAAGCUCAAACAAUGGAAUCCCAAUUGGUCACCAAAGUAUUUUAUUACGGAUUAUGAUGAAAGAGAAAUUCAAGCCAUAGAAGAGGCAUUUCAAGAUUGCUUUGUGUACCUAUGUGCAUUUCACCGUGAGCAGGCUUGGACACGUUGGUUAAAGCAAAUCAAAAAUGAAGUCGGCCGUUACCAAGAUGACAUAAUAGAAUUAAUGAGAAAAGUUGCCAAUUCUCCAUCUGAGUGCUCUUAUAAGGAGGCUGUUGUUGACUUAAGAGGGCAUCCACACUGGCAGGAAAACUUAAAAAUGCGGACUUGGUUCGAGAAAAAGUGGUUGUCAGUGUCAAAUCGAUGGGUGAAAGCAUUCCGUGAUGAAACAGUAACCCUUAUAACAACAACCAAUGCUCUGGAAAGAAAACACCAAGAAUUUAAGAAAGGUUACUUAUCACACUUCAGUGAAGGGAGUCUGUGUGCUUUGGUGACAGCUCUUGUAACCAAAUUCUUACCUGAUAGUUACAGGAGUUACUUGAACAACAACAUUCAGUGUUUGGAGUAUUGCAGAAAAUAUGCAGAUGGUGUUCCAACCUUCCUUCAUAACAAACCACGGAUGUUUGUUGAACAUUGUCUAAAAAGAAUUCCACCACAUAUUCAAAACAUCCCUCCAAGCAAUAUUGAAGAGCUAGGAGAAAGGAAAUAUGCAGUCCAUAGUGUAGAGUCUGGAAAGAUCUAUUCUGUAGUCAUCACAAGUACUCAACCAGCUUGUACUUGUGUUGAUUACAGCAUUCAUCAUCUGCCUUGCAAACAUAUGUUAGCAAUAUUUUCAUGUGUACCUGACUGUAGCUGGAAUGAUCUUCCAGAAGCAUACAAAAACAAUCCCCAUUUCAACCUUGAUGAGGAUAUUUUACAACAAUCUGAAGUAAAUCCUAUGUCUCCUUCGCCUAUUCCUGAAGAGCACCUGAAUGAUUCACCAGAGGAUAGUGAACAUCAAGUGGCAAGUCCACCUGCAAGUAAAUGUACAACUGAGGAAAUCAUAACCUCCAACAAAGAGAAUUAUGCCAGGCCCCAGCAUAUUAUAUUGAAAGAAUCAAUUUCUGCCCUGAAAGACCUCCAGUCAGAUCUCUAUUUGGUUAACAAUACAGCAGACCUGGAAGAUAUUUGUCAGAAAAUUUUAGAACUGAGAUCUUACAUAUCAAGAAAAAUACCCAAAGACUCCGGACUGAAAUUACAAAAGGGAGCAAAAUCUGGAAGACUCUCACUAAAAAGAAAACCCAAAAGUCUACCCUUAAACAGAAAAUACAAAAAGCCUAAAAAGAAUCAUCAUGUUCAAUUUGUUGAGGAGGAUGAGAUUAUUGUUUUAGAUGGAACUUUUGACAACCCAUCCUGUGAAUUUAGUCAAAGUAAUAAUCCUGGGGAGGCUAAACACACAGACUUCAUACCCGAUGAUUCCUGUUCUCCAGAGAUGUUCGACUGUGCCAAAGUCCAGGAAGAAACAUCACAUCAGACACUGGAUGUAGAAACUUUAUGGAAAGUUAAGCCAGUCGGAUAUUUAGUGGCAAAAAUUGCAACAAACAAAAUAAUGGACAACUCUAUACAGUUUUUAAAGACAUCAUUAUCAGAUGAGGUUAUUGAUGCAUACUUGCAUCUUCUUGUGGAAUCAAAAAAGAAUAAGAAGAUGUUUUGCAUCACUUCUUCCGUUGCAACGGCCAUAUUUGAAGGGAGGACAGAACAUUUCCAAGGUUACAUGAGUGAUGUAAAAUUUUCAGAUUUUGACAUUAUUCUUGCUGCUAUCAAUGAAAACUACGGGCACUGGACUCUUCUUGUAAUCUAUCCAUCAGAGAAGAGAUUGCUAUACAUCAAUUCUCUUGGAGAAUCAAAGAGAAAUCUGACAAAUAUUGGAGAGAAGUGGAGGAAGUAUAUAUUGGGUAGAAGGAGUGUUGGUGUUUCGGAACUUUCUCACGAGGGCUGGAAAGUAGAGACUACCAAGCACACAAAACAAUAUGACUCCAAUUCUUGUGGGGUGUAUGUUGUAAAGUUCGCAGAGUUGGUCAUUUCAGACAUGGCACUAUCCUUUAGUUGUCGUCCAGAUAACUUGAGUCAAAUCAGGCAAGGUAUUGGAAAUCAACUUUUGCAAGCAACAGGUAGGGUAUGACAGCUAAAAAUUUCUAAUUUAAACUACAGCUCUUAUUAUACCUCAUAAAUAAUAAAUAGUUUAAAAAUAAAAUCUGAUUGGCCAAGACAGACAUGUGACUGUCAUGUUUGCUAUGCAACAAAUCUUCGAUUUUGUCUCACGAUUGUGACGUCAAACUGCGGUGACUGAGAUGAUUAGUACUACUGAGUAAGAUUGUUUAUAUAGCUAAUUGAUAAUAGAUAUAAAACAUACUUAUAAAUAUGUAGAAAAUUGUUUCCAUGUGUGGAAUGAUUGUUAAUACUGGUGUGUUAAUCAGAAUGACUUGUCACAAAAGAAUUUUUAUGAAUCCCAGCUAGUGGUGUUACUUACACAUGUAUCAUAUUGUUCUUAUCAAAUGGUUUACUUUAUGAAUUGGAUUUUUGUUUGAUUCAGAAUGAUAAACAAUUGAUUGAAUGAUAGUGAGAAGGACAGGAAGAUUUCUUCGCCCAUUAAAAAUCCUAUUACCCUCGGGCAAUGCC